GGGUUCUCGGUGAUGGGAGGGGGGAACUGGUGCUGAUGCAGGACAGCAACGCCAGCAAUACUUUGCGGUGAAACUCUGGAAUAGCCGCUGCUGUUUGUCGACUAAAGAACCAAAAUAGCUUUACCUCAGUUCUUCCAUCCGAUGAUUGUUACAUUUUUUGAUUUUUAAUCCUUAAAUGAUCGAAUGUCAUGGGAUCGAUUUGUAACUGAUAGGAAUGGGUAGUCGCAAUUGAGUUGAUCUAUUUGUUGGAUAGCGCAAAUGGACGGCGUGUACUGAUGCGAGGAUAACGGGCAUUAAGAAGACACACCAACAUUCAUGCAUCGUUGAAUUUUCUGUAAAGUUUAUUGGGAUAUCUGUCCGCAGGAUAGACUGAGAUGGCGGAUGCUGCCGAGUGCGGUGUUAAAGUAAUGUGCCGUUUCAGGCCAUUAAAUGAAUCCGAAAUCACAAGGGGAGAUAAAUACAUACCCAAAUUCAAGGAGGACGACACGGUGGUUAUAACAGGAAAACCGUACGUCUUUGACCGGGUCCUGCCCCCUAACACCGCCCAGGAACAGGUGUAUGAUGCCUGCGCCAAACAGAUUGUCAAAGAUGUCCUGGGAGGCUACAACGGGACCAUCUUUGCCUAUGGGCAAACCUCCUCUGGGAAGACCCACACUAUGGAGGGCAAGCUGCACGACCCCCAGCUGAUGGGGAUUAUCCCUCGUAUCUCCCAUGACAUAUUUGACCACAUUUACUCCAUGGACGAGAACCUGGAGUUUCACAUCAAGGUCUCAUAUUUUGAAAUUUAUUUGGACAAAAUAAGGGACUUGUUGGAUGUUUCAAAGACAAACCUGGCUGUGCAUGAAGACAAGAACCGUGUGCCCUAUGUGAAGGGUUGCACAGAGCGAUUUGUCUCCAGUCCUGAAGAGGUGAUGGAUGUCAUUGAUGAGGGAAAAGCCAAUCGUCAUGUUGCCGUCACAAACAUGAACGAGCACAGCUCCAGAAGCCACAGCAUCUUCCUGAUCAACAUCAAGCAGGAGAACGUGGAGACGGAGAAGAAGCUCUCUGGGAAGCUCUACCUGGUGGAUCUGGCAGGAAGUGAGAAGGUCAGUAAAACAGGAGCAGAGGGAGCUGUGCUGGACGAGGCUAAAAAUAUCAACAAGUCCCUGUCCGCUCUGGGCAACGUCAUCUCAGCGCUGGCCGAGGGCACUAAAACACACGUGCCGUACCGAGACAGCAAGAUGACCCGCAUCCUGCAGGACUCUCUGGGGGGCAACUGCAGAACCACCAUCAUCAUCUGCUGCUCCCCGUCCGUCUACAACGAGGCUGAGACCAAAUCUACACUCAUGUUUGGACAGAGAGCUAAGACCAUAAAGAACACGGUGUGUGUAAAUCUGGAGCUGACCGCUGAGGAGUGGAAGAAGAAGUACGAGAAGGAGAAGGAGAAGAACAAGAGUCUGAAGAGCAUCAUCCAGCGCCUGGAGAUGGAGCUGAACCGCUGGAGGAACGGUGAGAAUGUGCCAGAGAACGAGCAGUUGAGUUCUAAGGAGCAGAAGAGCAUUGAGACGUGUGAUAACACGCCCAUCAUCGAUAACCUGGCCCCGCCAGUGGUCACUCUGGUGUCCACCGAGGAGAAGAACAAAUAUGAGGAGGAGAUCCGCAACCUCUACAAGCAGAUGGACGACAAGGAUGAUGAAAUUAACCAGCAGAGCCAGCUUGCUGAGAAGCUUAAGGAGCAGAUGCUGGACCAGGAUGAGCUGCUGGCGUCGACGCGGCGUGACUACGAUAAGAUCCAGGAGGAGCUGGGCCGGCUGCAGGUGGAGAACGAGGCGGCCAAGGAGGAGGUGAAGGAGGUGCUGCAGGCACUGGAGGAGCUCGCCGUCAACUACGACCAGAAGAGCCAGGAGGUGGAGGAGUUCACCCGCGCCAACGAGAUCCUCACGGAGGAGCUCACACAGAAGACGGACACACACACACACACACACACACACACACACACACACACACACACACACACACACACACACACACAAGCAGAGGUCCUCAACCUGCUGCUCCGGGACCUCAGCGAGAUAGGGGGCAUCAUCGGCACCAAUGACAUGAAGACAUCGGAGCCAAAUGGUGCACUGGAGGAGGAGUUCACCAUGGCGCGCCUCUACAUCAGCAAGAUGAAGUCGGAGGUCAAGUCUCUGGUCAACCGCAGCAAGCAGCUGGAGACUGCGCAGGCCGACACCAGCCGCAAGAUGCAGGCCAACGAGAAGGAGCUCGCCUCGUGCCAACUCCUCAUCGCCCAGCACCAGGCCAAGAUCAAGUCUUUGACCGACUACAUGCAGAACAUGGAGGAGAAGAAGAGGCAGCUGGAGGAGAACCAGGACGUUCUCACCGAGGAACUCGCCAAGCUGCAGGGCCAGGAGAAGAUGCAUGAGGUCUCUGGGAUGGAGAAUGAGAAGGACAUAGAUCGGCUGCAGGAUGCCGAGGAAAUUAAGAAGUCGUUGGACGAGCAGAUGGUCAACCAUCGGGACACCCACCAGAAGCAGCUGUCCCGCCUCAGGGACGAGGUGGCCGUCAAGCAGAGGAUGCUGGACGAGCUCAAAGAUCUGAACGAGAGCCUGCUGCUGGAGCAGAAGAAGCUCAUGUCCGACUACGAGAAGCUCAAGAUGGAGGAGCAGGAGAAGGACCAGAAGUUGCAGCAGCUCAUCAUGAUCAAUGAGAAGCAGGAGGUGGCCAGGCAGGACCUCAAGGGGCUCGAGGAGACUGUGGCCAAAGAGUUGCAGACACUCCAUAACCUGCGCAAGCUCUUCGUCCAGGACCUGACCAUGAGGGUCAAGAAGAGUGCAGAGAUGGACUGCGAGGACGGCGUGGGCAGUGCUGCACAGAAACAGAAGAUCUCCUUCCUGGAGAAUAAUCUGGAACAGCUCACUAAAGUUCACAAACAGCUGGUGCGUGAUAACGCCGACCUGCGCUGUGAGCUGCCCAAGCUGGAGAAGCGUCUGCGUGCCACAGCUGAGAGGGUCAAGGCCCUGGAGUCGGCGCUCAAGGAGGCCAAGGAGAACGCCAUGAGGGACCGCAAGCGCUACCAGACCGAGGUGGACCGCAUCAAAGAUGCCGUCCGCGCCAAGAACAUGGCCCGGAGGGGCCACUCGGCUCAGAUCGCCAAACCCAUCAGGGCAGGCCACCACCACUCCUCUCCCACCCCCCUCUCCAUCAGGGGUGGAGGAACCGUCUACCACUACACCCACAACAGCAACUGAGCCACACAGGACUCUCCUGGUGUAAGCAUGCCCAGACCCCCCCCCACCCCUCUAACACUCUCUCUCUGCGCUGUGCUUCAACCAGUAACUCCAUCCACCCCACCCCCAACACACACACACACACACACACACACACACAACCAUCCUCAGCAGUCUCCAUAAAGAGGACAAGCUCACUCAUGCUCACUGACCGUACAGUAUACCAUGGACAUACAACAACCACUUUACAUACCAAGAGAUUCAUGCAUGUCCAGACAUCAAGGAGACUAAGCUUGCUCUGCGAUCUCAGGCUGUAGAAGUAUGCUUAUAUCAGGAUAUGGAUUGAACCGUUUUGAAUAAUAAAUAGCAAGAACUGAACAGUACAGUGAGGAAUUAUCAUCCACAUCCCUGCUCAGUUACAUUUGAACUAAAGUCAUGUGUAAGAUACAGUGGCAGACCAUUAUAGAUACUGACAGACCCUUCAGUACUGGAUUAUAAGACGCUAUAUCUUAGCAUAAGAGACAGCAUUAGUAGUUAGCAUCUGAUUUCUUAGUGCCAACCUGGAAGAAUCUGCAUUCACCAUACCCUUCUCAUAGUGUAGUUUAAUGUACUCAGAAGGCAUAAUGUCUGUAAAUACCCAGUGAACCCCCUGCCCCCCCUCCAUUAUAGUAAUGAUGGUAUAGCCCGGACAGGAUGACCCAAAGGAGUAUGUACCGAAUGUAGACGCAACUGAUGUAAUGUACUUCACUCAAAUUGAUGUUGCCUGUACUUCAUUUUGCACUGUUACAAAGAUAUACAUUUACCGAAAUGACUAUGAGUGUACCUUUUUGGUUUUGUUUUGUUCUGUAUAUUUGGUUUCCACUUACACUGUUAAUUUAAUGUACUGUAUCUUGUUAUAGUCCCUCACGGAGCAUGUAGACACCCAGGGAUGAGCCUUUGAGUGAGUGUUUGUUGUGGUUCUGGGCUACAGUACACUUUGAAUGGGGAGUUGCCCUUCACAUUGUAAUAUAAGGGCCAUUUCAUAGCCUACGCAAGCUAUACGGACACAGUUGCAAACGCAAGGCUUAAUUAUGUAUUGAAGAGCCCUCUCAUAGUCUAUGCAGGCUAUGCAGACUCCAUCAGAAACGCAUGACAUCGCACUUGUGCUGUGUUAAAAAAAUUUGAACAAGACAUUUUGCUACGCAAGUACGCGUCAAGUCCUUUUUGCUUAGCCCAAUACGCUCACAUGCUUGUAGCUUGCAUAGACUUUGAAACAGCCCCCAACCCUGAACUGGACCCUGAACUCUUAACUCAGGCUGAGGGCCCUUCCACUGCUUUAUAAGCUUAUUGCCAAACCAAGGGAAUAUAGGCAUGUGUCAAAGCUUACUUUAUUGGCUUGGUUACUCAACUGAUCUGAAGAACAUCACCCCCUAAGAAUUGUUCUAAGAAAUCAGGGUCAACAACAAAAGAAAAUGUCUGUUUUUAAGUAAGUUUGUUAGAUGUGGGGGAACCUAUGAUAAGAUGUGGUGUUUGGUUUGAGUCAUCAUCAGCACACAACUCUAUGGAGCGGAUCUGAGACAGUUAGAGAUAAGUGCCAAAUCUGAGCCAGACCCAGGCCAGAUAAGGGCCAUCUUAGGGCCAGAUAAGGGCCAUCCGUGAGCAGAGGUAGAAAACCCGUCCUACUAUAUAUUUGUUCCAGCCAUUCGUAAUUGUUAUUAGCUCAACUGUUCAGCCAGACAGCUGAGCUAAUUAGUGAAAUCUCCUGUUUUAGGUGCACAGAUAGAACCAGUACAUGGUAGGUAUUUUACUUUCUGAAGUCAGGUUUCCCAUCUCUGUCAGCGAGUCCAUUCGUCAGUGUGGUUACAUGCAAAUAAACAAUCAGAUUUCCUGUCUGGUUACACCCUUAACGCCGAUUGCUGUAAAAAAUAAUGUAAAUUGUGUAAUCGGAUUGAACUACAACUUUUAAAAAUCAGAAUAAAUAACCUGUAGUAUUCGAUUUCAAUCUGAUUGUAUCUGUUACAAUAACAUCUGUUAAUAGAAUAUUCCAAUAAUAUUCUAAUAAUAAUCUGAUCAGUGCAUUAAUCAGAUUGUUCCGCACAUGUCAACACACCGAAAGUAGCUGCUGUUUUGUUUAAAUCAGAGUGAACUCAUUUGAUGUUGAAAUAAAUGGUUGCCCUGCAUAGGAAAUGUGUAGACUGUUCUAGCCUGAUUGUUGCAGAGAUGCUGAUCAACCAGUCAGACCUCUGUUAGCUAACGCUAAACUCUACUCAUUUCCAAUGCAGCACACGGAUGUCCACAACGUCACUCUGGUCAACGCUGUGUGUAUGUGUAUGUGUUGGACAGGCAUUUAUACUCAAAAUGAAAUAAUGGAGUUGAUAUUGGUGGUAAUUCUGUUCAUGCUUAUACUGACCAGGCAGAGACCCAAACAUAAUUAAUUAUUGUCUAAAUCACUGCAAUGGCGAAGAAAUGGUUUUAUGUUAAAACAAACCCCAGUGCCUUCAUUCAGAACCAACAAAGCUCUCGCUUUCUCUAUGCUUCACUGGAUGUAUGUAGAUUAAUUUGGUUGUCAGAGGUGUCUGACGUUAUCAAAGGGAUUGGAUUGAGGUAGUUAUCAAAUGUAUCUAAUUGACUUAGUUAUCAAUGUAGAAUAACUUGAAAAUAUACAUAACAUUCAUCAGAAGUUUUCAGUGAUGACGAUGUGUAUGGCUGCUUAUUUUUGAGUAAUUUUAUUUAGAAGUAAUUUUCUCUUUUCUCUUGCACUUUCACUUUGAGUAGUUUACUGCCUGCAUAUGAAACUGCCACUUUCUUCUUUUUAUUUCUUUCAUUGUUUUGAUUUUUUUUCUUCUAAUUUAUUUCUACUGCAAGAGCCCCAGGGGGUAGUAGCCAUGAAGGUCUCUCUAACUGCCCUGAAUAUCCAAAUGACAAAAUCUGAAUGUAUAUAGACCCAGCAGCUCUGUUUCAAUUCAACAAUGCUUCCUCAGUUAUCACACACGGCCCACUUUAACCUUUAACCUCUCACCCCCAACCCUCUUCUCUCUCUCUCUAGUGUUUAGCACUUCUCCCAUCCUGUCUGCUAGUGUUCUCCUGCGCUCCACCUCGCUUUAGUUGUCUACAUGCUUAUGCUUCUGUAACCUGCUGUAAUGAAAACAGUGGCAUACUGUGCUUAAACUGUGGCACUGGUUGGGACUGGGUGUGUGUUUCCCCUCGCCGCAGGGUCUGGUGUUAACAUGCAAUGUGACGAUGAUGCAACAGCUUAGAGAACGCAGCUAGAGGAAGCAGUGGGGUAGACUGAUGCUGACUGCAUGGUGUUGAAUCAUUUGUGUAACCAAAUAAAAUAUGACAUAUUUAUCUUUAA